AUGCUGGAACCGGAUCAAGAAGAGAUCUCGCUUCCGAAGGCUACCGUACAAAAAAUCGUCGGGGAGAUUCUUCCGGAUGGAUACAGUUUUACAAAAGAUGCAAGAGAAGCUCUCAUAGAAUGUUGUAUCGAAUUUUUGAUGAUUGUUUCAACAGAGUCGAAUGAUAUUGCAGAUAGGGAAUUGAAAAAGACAAUUUCUACGGAUCAUGUACUUGCUGCGUUAAAGAAUUUAGGAUUUGGCGAGUACCUUCCUACGUUAUUCCAUAUUAUCGAUCAGUUCAAGAUUAGUAGUAAAAUUAGGGAGAAGAAGAUUGGUAGCAAGUUCCGCAGCAGUGGGUUGAGUGAGGAAGAGCUUCUUAAAAAGCAAGAAGAGUUGUUUAAAGCAAGUAGAGAUAAGCUUCGUCAGCAAAAUAACUAG